AUGGAUGAAGAGCAAAAUGAUAUUGUGCCUUCUUUUACAGAACUAGGAAUGAAAGAUUAUGAUAAAACAAAUGAUAUUAUUCGAUUUUAUUAUUUUUUUAAAAGACAAGAAGAAUGUCACGAUAUGUCUCAUAAUAAUUUAGAUACCUGGAUCAUCAGACAACUUGCAUCAUUUGCAUAUAAUAAACUACAAGAAUCUGAUAAUUCUAUAACAGAUAAUUACAUUAAAUAUCAAUAUCAUUAUAAUGCUCAACACACUGUGUUAGAAAUAAUCCAUGGUAAUACAGGACAUACUUCGAUUCGAUCUGAUUGUGCUAUAAUCGAUGACAAUAUAAAACAAGAUAUUAAUAAUUAUCUUCAUAACUAUGCAAAUAUUUAUGGAUUUCUGUCUCUAGAUAUAACAUAUACUAGUGUAUAUGAAGCCUAUAUUUCUACUAUCAAGUCCAAUAAAGAAGAUAAUUAUAAACCUAUAGCUUAUACAACAUUCACUCAAAUUUGGCAUGAAGUUGCACCUGAUAUUCGAUUUAUGACUAAAGCAUCAGAUUUAUAUGAUAGAUGUGAGCAACUUCAUAUUAAAAUUUGA